UUUUUCGAGGCUUCUUCUUGUUUGCUAGGCAAGAGAAGUCUUCUUGGGGUAACCGGAACCCGACCGGCUGGCGGCGAAUAGAACCACCUUUUUUCCAACAAUCUUCUGUGCGUGUGUGCGGGUACACCACUUCCGCCACGCAUUGCCAGAGGUUUCGAUGAGUGCAUCGUUUCUUGGCCCACCCACCGUUUCUCUUUUUCCGUACUCCGGAAGAAAUAAGGUGAGCAGCGGGUUUUGAACCCGUAUCUGUGCAACCACAAGCAGACACCUGACAUCUCUUCGUCGACGCCAUUAUGGAAAAAAAAAAGGGUUUCGUCCUCAACAGGCGUUGGGGAGUUUCAACCUUUAUGAAGGUCGGCACCAUUUCCCGCAGAGCGGGCAAUUUCACCUCCGACGUUCUCCUAGCCUUGUUAAGGGUCGUUCGAGAGAUCAACCGCACGUGCCAGUUAUCGGACAAGGUGAAGGUUACCGUGCAAGAAGCGGCAAGGAAGGUGCAAGCCGAGAUGCAGAAGGUCGGUAUCUGUGACCAUGUCAUGACCAGGGCACGCUCCCUGUGGGACCAAGUCGACAAGGUUAGAUAG